AUGCUCUAUCAGGCUAUCGAUCAAGCUCAGGCAGCAUGGCAAGAUAAACAGGCUCGAGGAGUCCGACCUAUACGGGACAAAUUUUACAGCUUUGCUGAAACAAUGAGCGAAUACUCGUAUCUGUUCAGCAUCAUCCCAAAUAGCAACGAGUAUACCAGUCUCAUUACUGGAGUUGUAUCUUCAGUUGUUAAAGUCUCGGUAAACUACAAAAGGGUGGCAGAAGGUUUUUCAGAAGCACUUUCAGAUAUCAGCGACCACCUUCGAUCUGUCAGAAAAAUCUCAAAAGGAUCGGAUAGCUACGACAUGCGUCAACAUGUUAUUAAACUAUACUGCGAAGUCUUUGAACUCUUGUGCCACGCUCUGGCGUGGUUCACCAGUAAGCGGAAACGCAUAGGAGCUGCUUUCAAGAAGAACUUUUAUGACGAUACGGUUGUGAAUCUCCUGAAUCGCAUAGAAAAGACUGUCGCAGCCAUUGAUCGAGAAGCAAAUUACAUCUCACAUAGUCAAGUGCGUGAGAUCUAUGAGAGGGUCUUGGAUGAUAAAUCAGAAGAUCGUCUUCGUUCGGUGGGUAUCCAGAAUCGGAGAGAUGGCGAGGCAGCUGUCGAGAGAAAACUUGUGAUGAUGAGAGAGGCAGUCACCUGUCCCGAUGACACGUCACAUGAAUUUAUGAGAGAAGAGGCCGUUGGUCAGGCGACUUUCAUUGAGAUAUCCUCAGCAGAUGAGUUUAUGACAUCUGAAUCUGGUCAUAGUAUGGCGGAAAGUCUCGACUCCGAAGAUGACCCAGAUUAUCAUACAAGAUAUGAGAUGGAGAGAAAUUCAUCUCAUCUUGAGACUUAUCGCCAGUCUUUUAAAGCUUUAUCAGCGCCUGCACGAGGGAAUGAGGCCAUGUUUCUUCCAGACGAGGUCCUACUUAGGAUAAAAUCAUGGAUCGAUACUCCGGGGUCUAAAACUAUAUGGAUUCAGGGAAUACCCUCCACUCAGCAGGAUUCAAUAGUUUCCCGGACGGCGGCUAGAAUAUAUGAUGUGAGCACUGAGGCACGUCUUCCCUGCGUCUUGUUCUUUUGCCAGCCUCGUUACGACUUUGCAAAGGAGAAAAGCCUGACGCAGAAGGAAGCUUCGUUGGUCGCUUUCUUGUAUGGCAUAAUCAGGCAGCUAGUCCGUCUACUCCCAACACAGUUUUCAGCAGUGGAAGGGCUGGCUCAGGGUAACUUUGAUGAGCUCGAUGGAAGUAUUCAAAGUGUUCAUGCCUCGUUAGAUCUUAUCAGAGCACUGCUCAACCACGCACCCUCUCCCCUGAUCUGGGUCAUAGACGGUUUACAGUUGGUGGAAGAUAGAGCCUCGAUGCCCUUUCUGCAAGCAUUUCUAGGAAUACUUGAAGAGCAAAAGACGACGCGCAUAUCAAAAGUGUGCUUUACUACCCAGGGAAAUUGUGCCGUAUUGGCACGUGGUCUCGACUUUCGAGAACGGGUUGACGCAACGAGGACUGCGUUGAGCAGACCAGGCGUUACAUUGAGAGGCGGGUCCGGUCUACAACAGCUUCGAGCUUGA